AUGAAUUGUCCUUGCAUGAUCGAUCGUAAGUGUUCCAAGAAGUUUCCUAAAAAAUUUGUUAACGAAACAUGUUUGGAUAAAAAAGGAUUUCCAGUUUAUGGUAAAAGGGAUUCUGGCGUAUCUGUUGUUAAAUCACGCGUGAACGUAGACAAUAGAUAUGUUGUUCCAUAUAGUAAAAAGCUGUUAAAAAGAUACCAGGCGCAUAUUAAUGUUGAAUGGUGCAAUCAAGUUGGUUCUAUCAAAUAUUUGUUCAAGUACAUUAACAAAGGCCCAGAUAGAACUACUCUUAGAAUUGUUGAAAGUGGAAAUCAUGAUGAGCACGAACCUGUAGUCGAUGAGGUAGAAAAGUAUUACGAUUGCCGGUAUAUUUCUGCAUGCGUAUCUGCUUGGAGGAUGUUUUCCUAUGAUAUUCAUUAUCGAUAUCCUACAGUUAUUCGAUUGCCGUUUCAUUUACCUGGUCAGCAAAACGUAGUAUAUGGUGCAGACGAUGACAUUGACGAGGUUCUUAACAAACCAUCUGUUGCUUCUACUAUGUUCUUAUCUUGGAUGAAGUGUAACGAAAGAUUACCAAUGGCACAUAAGUUUACUUACGUUGAGUUUCCUUCAAAGUUUGUUUUUAAAUUAAAUACUCGCAGUUGGGAUGUAAGGAAACGACAUCCUUCAAUCGGUAGGAUUCAUUUGGUGUUUCCUUCAGCUGGUGAAGCAUACUACCUAAGAAUAUUAUUGAACAAAGUAAAGGGACCAAAAUGUUUUGAAGAUAUUCGUACUGUAAAUGGUACUUUGUAUCCAACUUUCAGGGACGCAUGUUAUGCGCUAGGGCUUUUGGAUGAUGACAACGAGUACGUUGAAGCUAUUAAAGAAGCUAAUGUGUAUGGAAGCGCUACUUAUCUACAUUUACAUUACUCUGAUGAGGAAAUAAAGAAUUUGGCAUUGCUAGAGAUUGAGAAAUUCUUACUUCGUAAUAACUCAUCGCUGAGGAACUAUUCAAAUAUGCCUUACCUUGAUGAUGAGUCUAUUUCUUCCUUUAACAAUCGAUUGAUCAACGAGGAGUUAUAUUAUGAUCAAAAUACUAUGGAAGAUGAGUUGAAUAGUAUGUUAUUACUUUUAACAGAUGAGCAACGUAAUGUUUUUGAUCAGAUUUUUGAAUAUGUUAGAACGAACAAAGGCGGUGUAUUUUUUCUUUACGGAUAUGGUGGCACCGCUUCUUUGCUACUUUCUGGAGGUCGAACAGCCCAUUCUCAGUUUUCCAUUCCUCUGAAUCUAAAUGAGGAUUCUCUUUGCCGCAUGAAGCCUGGAUCUGAACUUGCGUAUCUUUUAAAAAAAACACAACUUAUUAUAUGGGAUGAGGCUCCAAUGAUUCAUAAACAUGCCUUUGAAGCAUUGGAUAGAACCUUAAAAGAUAUAUUGAUGCCUGAUUGUUCAAAUAGCGAAGCUUUACCAUUUGGAGGAAAGGUAAUUGUAUUUGGUGGUGACUUUAGACAGAUUCUUCCUGUUGUUCCAAAUGGCUCUAGACAAGAUAUCGUGAAUGCUUCAUUGAGUUCGUCAUAUAUAUGGAAUAAAUGCAAGUUACUAACGCUAACAAAAAACAUGAGGCUAACUGUUGGCAUAAAUCAUGGUGAUAUUGACAAGACGAAAGAGUUUGCUAAAUGGCUUUUGGAUAUUGGCGAGGGAAAACUUGGUGGUCGCAACGACGGGGAAGCUGUUAUUGAUAUACCUCAAGAACUGUUGAUUACUGAUUCCACUAACCCUAUCGGUAGUCUGAUCAACUUUGUGUAUCCUUAG